GCAGUUUUCUUGUUGUUUUGGAGCGAGGCUGAGGCCGUAGAGCUUUAUUUUUAGCCAAAAUUGUCUCGUUUUGAAGCAUAAACACAGGGAAAAGCCUUCUCAACUCGUUGACAGGGGUUGGUGCAGUCAAACUAUACUUAAAACSCGCUUUACAAAUCGGCUAUGGCUGARACCGUCUCGGAGCCGUUGAACAAUGUGGUUUUGCCUCAACAGAUUAUGGCGACAGAUCAAUCUCCAACACCUACCACUGCAAGUUGUGUUGCUACGACUAUAGAUAGUCUUCCAGCAACCACGGAUACACUGAACAAUUAUAAGUCUGAAAAUCUAUCUCAAGAAAUUGCUACAAGUGUUGAAUCUAUGAGUAGCAGCGAGACUAUUUCAGUUAGUACUCAAGUUAAUAUCAUCGCGGGUCACCAACCCGAAACAAAUGAAUUUACAAAUCAACAAAUUCUACAGUCUCCAACAAUGGCAGAAAAAAAUAUCGUACAAGACUCUGAAGCCGUUACGUUGCCAGCAAAUGCCAUUACCAUGUCCGCUGAAGGAACAAUAGUUAGUAAUAGUCAAGGUGAACUUAUAGAAAUUGUACCCGUCGCGUCUCUUUCUACUAUGUCGCCUAUACCAGCUCUAAACCCUAACCUGCCUACCUGGGCAGGCCGGCUACGAGACUGCGAGCUUAUUGGCGACUCUUACAGAGGGUACGUAACCAAUGAGGUUGAGCUUGACCUUAUUUUGACAUUACAUAAACAACAGACCAAUAGUUGUUGGGGAACYAGACAGUCUCCAUCUUCUGCAAAGCCAUCUAUUCGACUUAUGUGGAAGUCYCAGUAUGUACCAUAUGAUGGCAUCCCGUUCUUGAAUACAGGGCGCCGUGCAACUGUCAUGGAGUGCCAGUAUGGUCCAAGACGGAAAGGAAAUGUCAGUAAAAAAUCUACAGAUUUUGACAGCCAAGGAAAUGCCUUAAAGAAAGCCCAUAGACCAACUUGCCCAGCAAGAAUAUAUAUCAAAAAGGUGAAGAAGUUUCCAGAGUACAGGAUUGACCUUGACCUCAACCUUGAAGGCAAGAAUGUAAGACAAGCACAAGAGAGAGCAUUGACUCAUUUAAGACUUGCUGGUGUAGAGACAGGUGGAGAAGAAAGGUUUUAUGUGCAACUGCCACUUCCUAUUGCUCACGAGUAUCAUGAUGUUGAAGAUAUAACCAUAACACAGAGUCCAGACAGUAGAGGACAAAGACUAAACCAGCAAGUAGCUGAUAAAAUCCAUGAGUUUGUUGCUAGGGGGAUUACUGGGGUAUAUGCAAUCAAGCAUUGUUUAAAGGAAUAUGUAGAGAAAGAACUAUACACUGGCCAAGAUCCACCACCAAGGCACAACAAAGCCUUUUUCCCUACCRUUAUCGACCUACAGAAUCACAUUCAUGAAGCACAGGCUGCUUUAGCAUCAGGACAGCUUUUACCGCUACCCCCUCUAAGUAACCCACCACUUAUCCCUUCUCCACCCAAAGAGAGAGUGCGAAAGAGAAAGCAGCCAAUGAAACACUCCCAGACAUCCCAGACCAUUAACAGACUACAAACAGCAGAGGCUGUAGCAAGCAUUCAAGAAUUAGAUGAUCAACACUCACCAGAGGAGAACAGGGAGGAUGUAAAACAAGAAAAUGAUCAACAGCUUCAAGAACAUCUUGCACAGUUUGGCGAGUCAGAAAGUCAGCCUUUGGUCAUCACACAUGGACAGGCAGACCCUACGAAAAAUGGACAAGUUGUGAUAGUUGUAACAUCAAACAAUGUCUUCACUACUGGACAAGAAGCAGAACCUCCAACUACAUUUGCACAAAUCAGCCUCCCUUCUUCACACAUCACCAAUUUACCAUCAUCGUCAUUUGGGACRUURCCGACAGGAAGUCAGGCAGUGCUAAUAACCCAUCCACAAGGAGAGAAUGGACAGUUUUUAGCGCASACACAACACAGUAACAUAUUGACAGUGAUGARYCCCACCAUUCAGGGUAUAGGCCCWAAUCAAAGGGUUGUACUUCGUAUGGUACCAACAACAGGAAAUAUACAACCAGCUACGACAGUUGAUUCUCAAACAGAUCCUUCAGGUAUAACUUUUAAAAUAAGUAUUAGCUUUCUAAGUAACCCACCACUUAUCCCUUCUCCACCCAAAGAGAGAGUGCGAAAGAGAAAGCAGCCAAUGAAACACUCCCAGACAUCCCAGACCAUUAACAGACUACAAACAGCAGAGGCUGUAGCAAGCAUUCAAGAAUUAGAUGAUCAACACUCACCAGAGGAGAACAGGGAGGAUGUAAAACAAGAAAAUGAUCAACAGCUUCAAGAACAUCUUGCACAGUUUGGCGAGUCAGAAAGUCAGCCUUUGGUCAUCACACAUGGACAGGCAGACCCUACGAAAAAUGGACAAGUUGUGAUAGUUGUAACAUCAAACAAUGUCUUCACUACUGGACAAGAAGCAGAACCUCCAACUACAUUUGCACAAAUCAGCCUCCCUUCUUCACACAUCACCAAUUUACCAUCAUCGUCAUUUGGGACRUURCCGACAGGAAGUCAGGCAGUGCUAAUAACCCAUCCACAAGGAGAGAAUGGACAGUUUUUAGCGCASACACAACACAGUAACAUAUUGACAGUGAUGARYCCCACCAUUCAGGGUAUAGGCCCWAAUCAAAGGGUUGUACUUCGUAUGGUACCAACAACAGGAAAUAUACAACCAGCUACGACAGUUGAUUCUCAAACAGAUCCUUCAGCUCCAGAGCAGCUUCUAGCAAGUCAAGCAGCCGUAGCAGCAGUAUUGAAUGCUGCAGCCACUGUAGAAGAAUCAAAUGAGGAUCAAGAAAAGGAUACUGACUGUGAGCCCGCAGUCAAAAGACAAGCAGUUGGCAUUGAUUUAUCAUCACUUGUUAAAGAAGCAGGCUUUGAUUCUCAUCAUGUACAGGUAUCUGGAGUAGAAAUGACAACCGUGGAGUCAACUCAACCAAUCCUGACAUCUACUGAUAGUACAGCAAACCCUCAAGACUACACCGACAAUGGUACAGAAACUACUCUCGUUGAAUAUACUUAUCAAAACAACACCAAACAAAMCAACCAAGAAGAAACACUACCCGACCAACAGUCAGUGAUGGACAGCUAUGACGUACUYGAUGAUACCCAGUCUACCCACCAAGCCACGGUGGAUACYAGCGAAAUACAAUCGAUCUCUAUGGAUGCAGAAUUAAUCGAGAACUUUCCUAAAUUUACCGGCACAUCAGAAGCAAGACUAGUCCAUGUUACWAGUGCRGAUAGUAACGGUACUGAUGUGGGCACUGGUGGUAUGGUGCUAGUSACAGAUGCAAUCAAUUCAUAUCACUCACAUACCGAUAAURAUGUCGAGAAUAAUACCGACUUGAAUACAAAAGAACUCGACGACACUCAAUGAAUCAUGCCSUUUUAGGACCACUGCAUUCUGGGUGGAAUGAAAACUAGCUUAAUMUUUGUAUUUUGAGUUCAUUGUUUAAUAAACCUCAAC